CUUCCUUUGACUUCAUGGCUGACCGUUAUUGCCUUUUCGGAUCUAGUUCUCUUCGUGAUAUAUACGAAGAGGGAAGAUCAAGGAGAUUCUACAGACUUCUUGGAUAUUGGAAAUCCCUCCCCAGCUGACAAAUCUACCUAUCUCAACGAUGCCGUCAUCUACACCCGCAGACGAGAAACGGCAGCGUAAGAAGCUUCAGAACCGAGUAAACCAGCGAGCACGUCGUCUGCGCCUCAAAAACACUUACCAGCAACACAAAGACCAACCCACCCGUCCAUACAGCGUCCACCGCUGGCGAGUCUCAGAACACGAGACAUCGCCAUCAUCAUCGUCAUCAUCGUUAUCAACCUCACUAACCAAACACCACUCACACACCCCCUUUCAACCCUCUCUGAAUACCCAAAACUAUACCCUAUCAUCCACACCCAACCCACCAAGUAUCCCCCCCGACCACCUCCUCCACCUAAUAACCCACAAUGUCUUCCGCGCCCUCUACACCAACAAAACCCUCCUGUACAACCACUCCACAGCCCUCCUGCCCGGCCCAACCCCCAACUCAUCCAUCCACUUCAUCCACGAAGGCCUCAUCUUCCCCAUCUACGCCAUCACCAUCCCCAACACCUGUCCCUCCCCUAUCCCCGCAUCCCUCUUCCCGACACCCUCCCAACGAACCCUCACCCACUACUCGUGGAUAGAUCUCGUACCGUGGCCGCGGAUGCGCGAGAAUCUGAUCAAGUGGGAAAUGUGCUUUGAUCAUGGGGAGUUUGUGAGGGAUUUGGUGGGGGGGUAUGUUAUGGAGGGGUGGGAAUUGUUUGAUGGUGGUUCGAAGGGGGAUGGGAAUGGGAGGAUUGGGGGAAGGGUGGUGGUUGAGGUUGAUGGGGAUGACGGUGAUGAUGGUGAGGUUUCGGAAAAUGCUAGAAAUGGGUGGAUUGUUUGGGGCGAGCCGCAUUGUAGGGAGAGUUGGGAGGUGACGCCGGGGUUUCUGAGGAAGUGGGGGUGGGUGGUUGAGGGAACACUGAACACCUCAUACCUCCUAUGGUUGAGUGAUACUAACCAAGCCCUGAGGGAUGCCCAAUAUCAGAAAGAUAUAUCAUGA